AGUCCUCUAGAGCUCAGAAUGAUCGUGGUGCUCCAGUUCAUGGCCUUCUGCAUGGCUUUUGUUUCUACCCUGUUCCUGAUCAUUGCCACCUGGACAGACUGCUGGAUGGUGAAUGCUGAUGACACCCUAGAGGUUAGCCAGAAGUGCAGGGGACUGUGGUGGGAGUGUGUAACCAAUGCUGAACACGGCAUAAGGACAUGUGAUCAGUUUGACUCCAUUCUUGCUGAGCACCCAUUGAAAAUCAUCCUGACGCGGGCUCUAAUGAUCAUAGCAGAUAUCCUGGCCAGCUUUGCCCUCAUCAUUCUUGUUCUGGGCCUGGACUGUGUGAGAUUCCUAAAGGAGGAGCCACGGAUUAAGUUACGGAUGUGCUAUAUGGCAGGCUUUAUAUUUGGAAUUGGAGGUAUUCCUGGUAUGAUUGGCUCAGUAUGGUAUGCAGUUGAUGUUUAUGUAGAAAGAGCUACCCUGGUCCUUCAGAAUGUCUACCUUGGAAUCCAUUAUGAAUUUGGCUGGUCCUGUUGGUUAGGAAUGGCUGGAUCAACAGGCUGUUUUCUAGCAUCUAUAGUACUAACUUGUUGUUUAUAUAUCUUCAGAGAUAUGGGAUCUUCUUCAAGAUACCAGCGAUCCAUCUAUCAGUAUGGCAGAACAGCCAAGGGAAAGAUGUAUGCCAUGGACUCUCGUGUUUAAUAUUUUAGUAGAAUAAGAACUUGUAAAACACAUCAAUCCACAAAAACAGACAGUGAAAUAAGAGAAAGAAAGCAAAGCAAGAAAUGCUGUCUUUACUAUUUGUUAUGAAAAGACUAAUAUCAGAGGUCAAAGCAUGGACUGAUCUACAUCUUGCAGUGUGUUACAGAAAUGGACAAAUUCACACACUAACUGCUAUGAAAUGUCAUGGGUUUCAGAACAUUUCUUGUAUCACUUCAUGCCACCUUUAAUAAGCAAAUACGGGACUAUCAUGAUAUAUAUAUCUGUACGACUGAGUUUUCUGUUUGUUUGUUAAUUUUUUGUGUAUUUUUUUUCUUCAAUCUUUAUGUAUUAGACUAAAUCAGACGAGUUUCAGUCUUCUGUCAUGCCUAUCAAUAAGACUGCAUACCAUGAAUUGAUAGAUAAAUAUUUAGGCCUUUUACUUGACAGAGCUUUUUUGCUUGCCAGAGGUAAGCAAUGAUGAAUGAACAAUCAAAUUAAUAAAUGAGUUGAUUCAUAUUA